ACGACACUUGGACUAAAAGCAUAGGUACUUUUCCGAUACUCCUCACAACUCUAAAAAUAUUUUCUCCAUUUACGAGGUUGACGAGGCUUUUUUUAUUUGCUUGAGUUUUAGAAAGCUUUAGUUUUUAGUUGUUGUCGCAAUCAUUGCCGUGUAAGCUGGGGGAAAAGCGAGUGGAUCAGAAUUCUUUUUGUCAAUUCUUUUUUUGGGUAUUUUCCAAAGUCUUGUUUUUUUUUUAUUCUUUGGUUUGGGUUUGGCUUUGAGGAAGCUAAAGACUGUAUAGGGAUACCUAACAUUUGCAUUUACUAUUCAUUUAUCACUCUGUUUUGAUUUUCUUGUCUUGCUUGUAUUGUUUUGAAGCAAGAUUUUGUUCUUGCUCUGUUCUGUUCUGUGGUGAUUCAAUUUGUAUGGCUUCAUUUCUUUGGUUGGAAGUUGUUUUCCUUAUUUGAUGUCAUGUUUUUCUUUUAAUGAAGCCAUGAUUUUUUCUCUUUGUUCUAUGGUUUGUACUUGUAGAUCUUGCACUCGUUGGGGUGAUUCUCUUUGUUUUUUGUUCAAAUGGCUGAUCAUAAAGGAAAGGUUCCAGUCUCUUUAUCUGCAUCCUCUUCAUCGUUGUCUCUGUCUCCAAAAACAACGCCAAUAGAGGCGGAAGUGUGGUUGAUUGCUGAGGCAAGGGCUCAGGAGAUACUAUGUGCCAUCCAACCUAACUAUCUUGCAGAAAGAAGUAGGAAUAAGAUCAUCAGUAAUCUCCAGACUCUUCUGUGGGAACGUCUUGGAAUUGAGGUGUAUUUAUUUGGUUCAAUGCCAUUAAAAACCUAUCUCCCAGAUGGAGAUAUUGAUCUGACAGUUCUAACUCAUCAUGCUUCGGAGGAGGACUGUGCUAGAGCAGUGUGUUGUGUGCUUGAAGCUGAAAUGGGAAAUUCAGAUCUCCAAGUAACUGGUGUUCAGUAUGUCCAAGCAAAGGUCAAAGUCAUAAAGUGCUCUAUCAGGGACGUUGCUUUCGAUAUCUCCUUCAAUCAAUUGGCGGGACUAGGCGCUUUAUGUUUUCUGGAGCAGGUUGACAAAGCUUUUGGUAGAGACCAUCUGUUCAAAAAAAGCAUCAUUUUGGUUAAGGCCUGGUGUUUUUAUGAAAGCCGUAUUCUCGGUGCCAACUCUGGAUUGAUUUCGACAUAUGCAUUGGCUAUACUCGUCUUGAACAUCGUCAACAUGUCUUAUUCAUCACUGUCUGGCCCUUUAGCUGUUCUGUAUAAGUUCAUAAAUUACUAUGGAUCAUUUGAUUGGAAGAAUUACUGUGUCACGGUCACUGGUCCGGUCCCGAUAUCAUCUCUUCCAGAUAUUACUGAAACCGGAAAUCAUGAAGUGUUCCUAGAUGAGAAGUUCUUCAGAGAAUGCAUGGAGUUAUAUUCUGGGGAAACUGGAGUUGUUGAAGCCAGCAGGAAAUAUUUUCCUGUAAAAUAUUACAACAUACUGGAUCCUCUGAAACACAGUAACAACCUUGGACGUAGUGUGACAAAAGGAAAUAUGGUACGUUUAAGAAAUUGUUUUAUGCUGGGAGUUCAGAAACUCAGAGAUGUGCUUACACUGCCUGGAGAGAACGUGGGUUGGAAACUGGAGAAGUUCUUUAAUGUUUCACUGGAGAGGAACGGUAAGGGACAAAGACAAGACGUAGAGGAGCCUGUCGUCGCGUUUGGCACUGGAGCAGCAGACUACUCUCAACUUAAAGGAGAUUUUGACAGAUACCGCAAUAAUCUUAUAUACGGGAAGUGGUUUCACGGUGAGAGCCUGCAUAACUGGCUCCCUCCGAGUCUAGACACAACUUCCUGGGCAAAUAUCAGCUUCUAUAUGAGCAGGGUAAGGAAUGGUUUCAAUGGGAGGAAUCAGGAGGGACCAACAUCCAUGCCAAAUAUCAAACAGUCACCAAACAAUCGGAGAUCAAACGGAACAGGCACUUACAUUCCUGGAAUGAGUAAACAAUCUAACACCGCUGGGUGCAGUAGCAGCAAACCGAGCACGGUGAAGUCAUUACCUUCAGCAUCUGAGACUCAAGAGUCCAAAAAGAAUCCUUGAAUUGGUUGGUCUCUUAGGCUAAAACCUUUUGCCUAAUAACCUUAGGGUUUAUCGUCUCGCAUUCUUACCAACAUUAAACAAUGACAAAGAGUUUUUCUUUUUCUUCUUCUUCUUCUUCUUCUUCUUCUUCUAUUGGUGGUGUAUUGGAAGUUGCAAAGGUUGCAGCAGAUGCUUCAUUAGGAUUGUAAUUCUGUUUGAACCUUUAUUCAUUCAAAGGUCUCUUUUAUUAAGGUUGACAG